AUGGCCUUCCUGAUGAAAAGCAUGCUGAGCAACCAGGUGAAGAAUUUGGGGCUUGGAGGUGGAGGAGAAGAAAGCAAAGAAGAAAGCACUCCUUCCGACCCAGCAGCUGCUGCAGGAAUGACCAGAGAGGAGUAUGAGGAGUACCAAAAGCAAAUGGUUGAGGAGAAGAUGGAAAGAGAUGCGGCAUUUGCACAAAAGAAAGCGGAAAGAGCCUGCCUGAGGGUUCACCUGAGAGAGAAGUACCGACUCCCCAAGAGGGAAGAAUCCCACCUGGCCAAAGGCAGCGAAG